UUUUCCAUCUUAAAUAAUCCACCUUUUAAUUUUCUGCAAACUUCACUUCCAAUUCCACCCCAUGGCCACCCGUACGCCAACGCAGCAGCUCCAAGUCCACCCGCAGUACCACCACGGCUUCGAGGCCGGCGUGAAAGCGGGCCACUAUAAUAACCCGUCUCAUCAUGCUGCGGGUCCCUCGGCCACCCAAAUCCUCGCAAUCAUCACUCUCCUCCCCGUAUGUGGGACCCUGCUGGGCCUUGCCGGGAUAACCCUCGCCGGGACUCUGAUUGGCCUUAUGGUUGCCAUCCCGCUGUUUCUCCUCUUCAGCCCCGUUAUUGUGCCCGCUGUCAUUGCAAUCGGGCUAGCGGUCACCGGGUUUCUGACCUCGGGCGCGCUUGGGUUGUCGGGUUUGUCGUCGUUGUCGUGGCUUCUGGAUUACUUGAGGCAGGGGAAGUCGGUGCCGGAGCAGAUGGUGUGGACCAAGAGGCGCAUGCAGGAUGCGGUGGUUCAAUUGGGGCAGAAGACUAAGGAUGUGGGUCAGACGAUUCAGAACACGGCUCAAGACACCGGGAAAGAUCAAGGUACAUGGACGACGGCGUGAAGGGGGGAUUGAGGUGUUGAUCGAUAUCCGUGGAUUCCAUGCAAGCAGGCCAGGGAAUAAUGUAGAAUGCAGAUGUUGAGUACUUGUGUAUUAUAUUUGAUUUUAAUGUUGUCGUUUGGUUUCAGCUCUUGAUUAAGAGCUUCUUGUUAGUGUAUUUGUUGUGUUUCGUGAGCGUGACAUUUGUAUGAUUUGAUCAAGUGUAGUGUUGUGGUGGUUUUUGUGUUAAUGGUAAAUGGUGCAUUUCUUUAACCAAA